CCUAGGUUACGUUUUUGAGAUGUUAUUCACACAUCAGUAGUAUACCAGCCAGCUAUGAGUUCAUCGCGAGAUCACUAAAUAGUACCGAAAUGCUCGAGGACUUCCCACAUCCUCUGCCAAAUAAUGCCGAUGAGAAUGAAGAGGUUGCGGAACUUGUCGUGACGGCUCUCGGCACGUCUGGAACGCACUACAUUUGCUGGAAAACGGGCUUGGGUGAAUAUAGGCAGCGAUCACAAGGUCUUCCAGCAAGACUGCAGGAGUGGUUGUUCCCAUCAGAUGGCACCACGAGAGAUUUUGCCACCCUACAAGUAAUCUUGUUUGGAGACGACGAGUUCCGUGCUUCUGACAAAAACGGGGAGAUACGGAGCGAUGAUUUCAGCCCACCCAAGCAGCUCCGACGAGCCCUUACAAUCAACAGCAACAACUCGCCGUUGACACAGCGCCGACGUUUAAGUAGGGGCAGAGAUAUUGAGCAGGAUCUAGAACGCCCGCGAUCUAGCACAUUACCGGCAAACUUGUCGAGAGAAAACACCACAGGGCAGAAACAGCUGAUCCCUCUUUUGAGUCAUAGUCGGACAACUUCAGUGGACAAGGCGCGUUUGGGUCCUGGUGUCCCGGUUGCCUUUCGCCGACCUGGAAGAACAUCUCCAAUACGACCCCGGAGUAUUGACACCUCUAAUGGUCUGGGAGAACUUGAGGUGCUAAAGGAGCAGCCGACGCCCCGGUCUUCCGGCUUAAAAUCAAGCAAUCGCGAUCUUCGACUGAGUAUCCCGGAUUUUUCUAACUACAAACGGCGUGAUUAUAUAGAUUUUGAGCCGACGCACUCAACGCCGAACACAUAUCGACGGUCUAAUUAUGUGGACUCCAGUAUGCAGACAGAUCCGGAGCCAACACCAGCUGCGACGCCAAGCCAUGAAUGCAAGUGCCACUUACGCGACCACAACAAUCAAAGAGACUCGGCCGUGUCGUUCGGGAUGAGCUCACAACAUUCGUUCACAAGUAGUCGGCGGCCCAGCUUCGACACUCCUAUCACAAGGCCAUUUUCUAGUUUCUUUGAAUCUAGCUGGUCUUCUCCUUCGAUUGACACCAAUCCAAUAAGGAUGGGGAGAAUGCAGGCCUAUUUUCGGUCUUCCAACUACGUCCUAGGGGCAGCUCUACAUCCCCAGGGGAUGGGAUAAGUUUCAACAGCUACACGAAUCAAAUGUAUUUUUAUAUGUAUUUUUUUUCUUUUGGGGAUCUAGACCGAAGUUUGUCCAUUUCUAUAGAGGGUGGUUAACAAAUUGUGAUGCUGGGAAGCAGCACUGUG